UUAGCUGACAUGGCAAAACCUGGUCACUCCAAAUUUCCUUCACAGCCCACCAGAAUUGAACAAGAUCAAAAUCAAAACGCCCAACCACGCUUUAUCAGAACCCGACCCCCACCGGCUCCAGCGAUCGAUUUCGUUCUACCUCUACUUUCCUGCAAUUACGAAGGGAGUAGGAUCCAGGGAAAGGGGAAUAAAAAAACCAACACAAAAAAGGGUGUUGACACACCAAACACCUCAAGAAACAGCCAGUACGGUGUAUAAAUCCUAGAACUAGAAAGGACGAGCCGAGAAAUUGACUCAUUCCAGUUGAAGAGAAAGAUUGCUUCAAUCAUUGGAAACUGCAUUCUGCAUGAGAUGGACAAUGACGAUGACUUCACAUUUUGUCAGCCAAGUUUGGUUAGCUUGCCAGUCGACCAAGGAGGUCAUCAGACAAAGCUUGUGUCAGACAUUGGUGGUCUCAGGAUAGAAGACAAAUUCUCAAAUGGCAGUGAUAGUAGUCAGAAUAGUGGUCUUCUGUGGAAUGAGAAAAUGCCAAAUAAUACCACCUUUAAGAAGCAGGGCACAGUUGGUUCUUUGUCUUUCAAUGUUAUUGAUACGUCCUCUCCGAAACAGUCGACUGAAUUGUCAAGACCAGUAGCUUCAGGAGAUGUUCAAGAUUCGGUCAACAAAGGUCAGGAACAGAUUGUUGCAAGGAAGCCAGCACCUCGAGCAAAGGUUCCUUUUGAGAAAGGAUAUAGCCAAAUGGACUGGCUUAAGCUUACUCGAACGCAUCCUGACCUUGCAGGACUAAAGGGGCAGUCAAAUAAGAGGCUUAUUUCUAUGAAUGAGGUUAAACAACAUCAGAAAGAAGGUUCCAUGUGGACUGUUUUAAAGGGUCGUGUGUACAAUAUAUCUCCAUACAUGAGAUUUCAUCCCGGAGGUGUUGAUAUACUGAUGAAGGCAGUGGGAAAGGACUGUACAUCAUUAUUUAAUAAAUACCAUGCUUGGGUGAAUGCUGAAUUUUUACUAGAGAAGUGCCUCGUGGGUACUUUAGAUGAUAGUCGGUCAAUAAUGGAGUAACUAAGAAGUGACUCUAGGCCUCAUUCAUUUUCUUACCAGCAGAUUGGCACAGAAAUGCCUUCUCAUUUAAGGUGUGAGAUGAGAUCUAUGUCACAGUAACAAUGACACCCCUUUUUGUGGUAGGGGUAACUUUAUCAUACCAUUUGGAAAAAAUCGUACUUCUUCCUGUAUUUAUCUACAAUGCUUUUAAUGGAAUCUCCAUUAUAUAGCAUUAUACUGCUGUAAUAAUGAUUUAGAAAUUGUCUAACGUGCCCAUGGAAUUAUUUGUUGCUACUGGGAUGGGGAAUAGGAUCCUCUCCAUUUCAAGGAUCUCCGUUUCCCUUGAAAUGGAGAGAAUCGCCGUUUUAUGGUUAUGAUUUUA